AUGAAUCGGGAGCAGGAGUUUGAGGAUAUCCAGGAAUACUUCUGGACUGACAGCAAAGUAGCACUGGGGUAUGUUACGAACGAUGUUCGCAGAUUCCAUGUAUUCGUCGCGAAUCGUGUGCAACAGAUAAGGGAAUUAAGCGAAGGAGCACAGUGGCGGCACAUACCCUCAGACAAGAAUCCAGCUGACGAAGCAUCGCGAGGGUUGAGUGCUAAACAGUUCGUAGAUUCAUCUAGGUGGAUAUGUGGCCGAGCCUUUCUCAGGGAGAUGAGGAUUCCAGACUUGGAUAUUGAGACUCAGGAGAUCUUAUGUGACGAGAACGACGCAGAAGUUAAGAGAGCCACAACGGGGGCCAUUCGGGCUAGCAGGUCUGAUGAUUUUUCUCUUGAACGGUUCCAAUACUUUUCCGAUUGGCAUCGUCUGAAGAGAGCGGUGGCUGUUUGUCUUAGACUGAAGUAUCGUUUACAAGAUCGCAAGGUGAAGAUGCCAGUUAGGCGAAGUCCAUUGAUGAGUAUGAGCCAGUAA